ACUGAUUGUGUAAGGCAGAGGCUGCGACAGGCUCAGAUCUCGCAAGGGAGGUGCUCAAGAAAUAAGAAUCAAGAUCCACAAUGACAACUUAUUUGGAAUUCAUCCAACAAAAUGAAGAACGAGAUGGAGUCCGAUUUAGUUGGAAUGUUUGGCCGUCAAGUCGACUGGAAGCUACAAGAAUGGUUGUUCCUGUGGCAGCCCUCUUUACACCACUGAAGGAGAGACCUGACUUACCACCUAUCCAAUAUGAACCUGUUCUGUGUAGUAGGACCACUUGUCGUGCAGUUUUGAAUCCUUUAUGUCAAGUGGAUUAUCGAGCAAAACUCUGGGCUUGCAACUUUUGUUAUCAAAGGAAUCAGUUUCCACCUACUUAUGCCGGUAUAUCUGAACUCAAUCAACCUGCUGAACUUUUACCUCAGUUUUCUAGCAUCGAAUAUGUAGUUCUGCGUGGUCCUCAGAUGCCUUUGAUAUUUCUCUAUGUGGUUGAUACUUGCAUGGAAGAUGAAGAUUUACAGGCCUUAAAAGAAUCCAUGCAGAUGUCAUUAAGUCUUCUACCACCUACAGCUUUGGUUGGACUUAUUACUUUUGGGAGAAUGGUGCAGGUUCAUGAACUUGGAUGUGAAGGCAUUUCAAAAAGCUAUGUCUUCAGAGGAACAAAAGAUCUCUCUGCCAAACAACUGCAGGAAAUGCUGGGGCUCUCCAAAGUACCGGUUACUCAAGCAACACGUGGUCCUCAGGUACAGCAGCCACCUCCUUCCAAUAGAUUCUUACAGCCAGUACAGAAAAUAGACAUGAAUCUCACAGAUCUUCUUGGAGAACUUCAGCGUGACCCUUGGCCUGUACCACAGGGAAAGAGGCCUUUGCGUUCCUCUGGAGUGGCACUUUCUAUAGCUGUAGGACUGCUGGAGUGUACUUUUCCCAAUACUGGGGCUCGUAUCAUGAUGUUCAUCGGUGGUCCUGCUACUCAGGGGCCUGGAAUGGUGGUUGGAGAUGAAUUGAAGACACCCAUAAGAUCAUGGCAUGACAUUGAAAAAGACAAUGCCAAAUAUGUUAAAAAGGGAACUAAGCAUUUUGAAGCACUGGCUAAUCGAGCUGCUGCAACGGGCCAUGUUAUUGAUAUCUAUGCGUGUGCAUUAGAUCAGACAGGUCUCAUGGAGAUGAAGUGCUGUCCCAACCUCACUGGGGGAUACAUGGUAAUGGGUGAUUCUUUCAACACUUCCUUAUUCAAGCAGACUUUUCAAAGGGUCUUUACCAAAGAUAUGCAUGGACAGUUUAAAAUGGGCUUUGGUGGUACAUUAGAAAUAAAGGUAAGAUGUCAGAAAUUCGGAGAGUAUCAUAAAGAUGAUCCAAGUUCCUUCAGAUUUUCAGAAACUUUCUCCCUUUAUCCACAGUUUAUGUUUCAUUUAAGAAGAUCUCCUUUCUUGCAAGUUUUUAACAAUAGUCCUGAUGAGAGUUCGUAUUAUCGUCACCACUUCAUGCGUCAAGAUCUGACUCAGUCUCUAAUCAUGAUUCAACCGAUUCUGUAUGCAUAUUCUUUUAGUGGACCCCCGGAGCCGGUGCUCCUCGACAGCAGUAGCAUUCUUGCUGAUCGUAUUCUGCUCAUGGACACGUUCUUCCAGAUUUUGAUUUAUCACGGUGAGACCAUAGCGCAGUGGCGGAAGUCAGGAUACCAGGACAUGCCAGAAUAUGAAAAUUUCCGCCACCUUCUGCAAGCCCCAGUGGAUGAUGCACAGGAGAUUCUUCACUCUAGGUUUCCAAUGCCGAGAUACAUUGACACUGAACAUGGGGGCAGCCAGGCCCGUUUCCUGCUUUCAAAAGUCAACCCUUCACAGACUCACAAUAAUAUGUAUGCCUGGGGGCAGGAAUCUGGAGCACCGAUUCUCACGGAUGAUGUCAGUUUACAAGUGUUCAUGGAUCACUUGAAGAAACUUGCUGUGUCAAGUGCUGCUUGAAGAGCUAAACAUGUGAAGGACAUUUAAGAAGAUGAAAUAAUAGUCCAGUUUCUUAUUUUCCCUUUUUCAAUAUAUCUGUGGAAACCAACAGGGAUCUCUCUCUAGACUUUAUUUUAUUUUAGUAUGGUUUGAGACAACAUAUUGAAAAACAUUCACGUUUGCAGGUUAAGCUGGAAUAUAAUGAGAGCAAUAAGAACAAAUUUGUUUUGCUUGCCACAGUAUUAUAACCAGUUUUAGAAAUUUGAGGUCUUUAUAACUGAAUUAUGUUUAAAAGUAAAAAUAAAGUCUGCUUUGUACUCUCAAUAUCUCAGUGUAUAUGCAGACAAACCCAAAGUAGCACUGAAUGUUCGUGGUGACCUUUUAAAAACUCGUUUCUUAACUUUAGCCAGAAAGUAAAGGAAAAAAAAAGAGCAAUGAUAAAUGUGAACAUUUUGUUUACUCCUUUUUUUUUGAUUUUCAGCACUUACAUAUACACUUUUUCUGUACUUACUCUGUUAAGGCAGUUUUAUUUUUCUAUGAUUUGUUUAGGAAUUAUUGGACUUUAUAAUGGUAAUUUUUAUGAAGAUAAUUUAAUGUUUUUGGUUAUUUGGAAAAACAGUUUAAAGACAAAAAACUUGGAGGUAAUGAUUCCACAACUGACAAUAAAUGUGAAAUUUCUACAAAGUACCCAACUUAUGUGACUAAACAGGAAAUUUGUUUUAAAGGGCCAUAGCCAAUGAAUCAUUUGGUCAGCGUGCAGAGUGAGUGCCCGGGGAGGAGGAAGCCUUCAGGUAGAGAGACCAUUGUAACUACAAACCACAUUUGGCUUUCGCUUCAUGGUUUGAUGGUUUCCCCUUGUUUUUCUGAGGUAAAUUUUACAUUGUAUCCUUCAGUAUUUUAACACUACUUCGAGAGUUUACACAUUUUGUUUCUGCUUCCUUUUUGUGAAAUUUAUUAAGUUGGGGUUCAUAUUGAAACAGUAUUAUAAGGUUGUUUAAUUAUGUAACACGGUGAAGCUCAGUUAUAUUUUGAUUUAUUCAUUAGGAUCAUUCACUGUUGCCAUUUAAAGUUUACUUAUAGCAAAUAUGUUUACAUUGCUAAAGCCAGAUGUGUUUUGACAAUGAAAUUUAUGUAUCAAGUACUGCAGAUAAAAGGUGGUGCUUUUAUAUAUUCUUAGAAGGAUAGUUUUGAUGAUUGUAUUUGCAUGAACACAAUCAGAUGAUGGCAAAACAUAAACUUAUGAAAAAUGGUUUAUACGUUUUAUUCAAUUAGUUUAAAUAAAUUGCUUUGUUCUGUUUUAUUUGAAUUGGAUUGUGCUAGGCCUAAAUGCCAAUAAAAUACACUUU